UUGCUCAAGUAUCUUGCUAACAAUGAGCGACUGGUGGAAAGAAUUGCAGAUUCAUACCCAGUGAGAAGGGCAGCACAACUAGCUAUUUCUGUAUUUUAUAGGGGAAAGGCAAAAGCUUCAGAAAUGGAUCCUCAAAAAGUCAAUACAUUUAUGACAUUCAUUAGAAGAUUUACGCAAAACUUAAAGGAAGGAAUUGAAGAUGCUAAGAAACAAAUAAAAAAAUGA